AACUUUAAAGUCCACACCCCUGCAUGACUAUGAACAUGCUAGUAUCAUUUACCAUCAGGAGCUUACAUAAGAGCUGUUGUGUUACUGACAUUAUCGUGCAGGGCAUUUUAGAUUUGAUGGGUAACUACUAAAAGCCUAGCUAUGAAAUGUAUUGCAUUUUGGGAUGGGAGUGAUCCUGGACUGUGCAAAUGUUUGGAAGAUUAACAAGGAGUGGCUGUUUGGUUGUUUCCCAACUCUUGGAGUGUAAGAGCAAACAUUUAAAUCCCAAGGGUUGAAUUUUUGUUUAAAAUAUCAUUUUUCACUUUUAGCAAGAAUGGACCUGACGCUCUGGCAGUACCAGUUUAGGAUCAUCAUGCUGGGGGAUUCCACUGUGGGCAAAUCAUCCCUACUAAAACGUUACACUGAGGACUUGUUUUUGGAGUCUAUCAACCAGACAGUGGGUGUAGAUUUUUACGUUCACUUCCUUGAGGUGGAGCCUGGGGUCCGGGUAAAGUUGCAGUUCUGGGACACAGCUGGGCAAGAGAGGUUCAGAUCAGUGACCCGUUCCUAUUAUCGCAACUCAGUUGGAGGACUGCUUGUGUUUGACAUCACCAGCAGGCAAUCUUUUGACCAUAUAAAGGAGUGGCACGCUGAGGUGUGUGAGCGAGUGCAGCCACAGAAGGUUCUGUUUGUCUUGGUGGGUCAGAAGAUUGACCGGGAUGCUGAUGGUGAGAGAGCGGUGAGCCAGGGAGAGGCCCAGAAACUGGCCGGACAGCUGGGGAUGCCCUACAUCGAGGCUUCUGCGAAGACGGGCAAAAACGUGAGGGAGUCAUUCGAGCUCCUUACUCGGAGGGUCUACCAGGGUCUGUUGAGCGGAGAAGUGCAACUGCAGGAGGGCUGGGAUGGUGUCAAGUGUGUUGCUCCACAGGCGCUGCAGUCAAAAAGAAACAGUGUGUCUAAACCCAGCUCACCGACCAAUAACAACAAAAAGUGCUGUGGGUAAAUACUGGACUGACAAACCUAUGCUGCUGUGCAAGCUGGAAGGUUGGAGUAAUGGUGCCAUUGGGAAAUGUAACCACCCUAAAAGACACUCAAAAUGUACUUUUGUAUCUAUAAGUGGAAAGUUCUAAAUAUUUAUGAGAUAUUAAACCCUUGAUGAUAGUUU